AUGAGGUCGUGGGAUCAUUGGGUUGAAGAGGCUCUUCAGAAACUCCAGCACCUGCAACUCGUUGGGUCUCUCAGGCCCAUUCACCUCCAUAGUGCACCAGCUCUAAAAGCCCAAAAACCUAUUGAAGAUGACUUCAAUGUGUUCGAUGAACUGCAACCAUGGGAUCGAUCCGCUGUGCAGGUUCAAAUUACUGAAGCCACAUUCCAAAAAUGGGUCCAUGACAUUCCCAGUUCAGGUAGGGUUCAGUUCAACCAUUUCUCACUUAGUUUCAAAAAGCUGCUACUAUUUUCUACGAAUGAUUAUUUGGGCUUGGGUUCACAUCCUACUAUUGGAAAAGCUGCAGCUAAGGUUGCCCUAGAACACGGAAUGGGCCCAAGGAGUUCUGCUUUAAUCUGUGGAUAUACUGAUUACCAUAGGUUACUCGAGUCAUGCCUGGCAGACUUGAAGGAGAAAGAGGAUUGUCUUCUUUGUCCAACGGGAUUUGCAGCCAAUACGUCCUUGAUGGUAGCUUUGGGAUCUAUUGGCACUCUCUUGGCUGCUGGCAAAACACCUUUACCUGAUGAAAAGAUUGCCAUUUUUUCUGAUGCACUGAACCAUGCGUCAAUAAUUGAUGGUAUUCGUAUUGCUGACAAGCAAAAGUCUGUACAGAUAUUCGUCUAUAGACAUUGUGACAUGAAUCACCUUGAUGCCUUGUUGUAA